AUGGAGAGUGAACAAGAUCAAUAUACAAGAGAUAUGAAUAUUAGUAGACAUCUAUCUAGUGCUGAAAAACAAUCAAUUAUAGAUCUUUUUAAUAAUAAUUUAUCUUAUUCAAGAAUUGCGCAAAUUCAUUCUAUUACAAACAGAAGAGUUAAAGAAAUUAUCCGUGAAUAUAAGAAGGGCAGAACAACAAAUUUCACUAAGGAACAAGAGGAUGAAUUAAUAACCUUAUAUAAUCAGGGUAAAAAUAGUGUCAAAUUGCUUCGACCUCACUUUCCUUUCAUUUCAUGCUAUGCAAUCAGAAACAAGAUUAAACUAUUCAUUAGAUGGGGCUUGAUUCAGCCAUCUGGAAGUUUUACUGCCAAUGCUAGUUCCUUUAACAUAAAAGAAAAGAAAAUUAAUGAGGAUUCUCGAAAUAUGACUGACAACAUUUGCGAAAUUAAUGAUGUCAUUGAUCCAAAUCAGAAGCCAGACUUCUGUGAGUUUCUUGAAUUUGUUGAUGUUGAUACUCAAUGA